AUUGCGUUUGUACCGAGCAACCGCAAAUAGCGGCGCGGUAGGCAAGUCGGUAUAAAAUCGGACGAUCCCUCGAUCAAAAGUCACAGUAUUCGGGCCUCCUCGCGGUGUAUCAUCACCGUAAUCGCUACCGUGCAUUACCGCAUUGAGACGCAAGAUGCAUUGUGCUAUUGUCACCGUCAUCAUUUCUGUCAGCUGUUUUCUCGUAUUGAGAGCAGCGGCAGAAGAAGCUGUCCAACCGAAUCAACAAUCAUUGGAUUUUAAAACUGUCGCUAUCGAAGAUCAAAUUGAUGAUGUCAGAGUCAAUCCCAGGGAAAAGAGAACGCUGUUUUUGAAGAAAAAGCUGCUCGGUGCUGGUCUUCUUGGCUUCGGUCUGGGAGUUGCAAAAGGUUAUAAAGCCGGUUACUACAGCGCACCGGAACUACAUCAUGUUUACGUAUCGCCUCCAGUGAAAUACGUGGAAUACGUCGAGAAACCAGUUUUCAUUGAGAGAAUUGUUCCGAAACCUAUUUACAAACCACAUAUUGAAUAUGAUGCGCCAGUAUGGUCGCAACCAGAUCCUUCCUACGGCGGCUGGUAAAUCUGGAGUACAGCUAAUUGAUUUGAUCUCCUCGUUUUACCUCGAGAUUUUAGGAACAGCUAAAAAUUUUGCGCGUGCAUCAUGUCGAGUCUCAAUCCGGUCUAACUUUAAGUAUAAGCAUGACAUUAUAAUAUAUAUAUAUAUAUGUUUAGCAAUAACAAAUAAAAGAA